CUUCCCGGAUGUCUCAUAGCCGAACUAGUCCACAGCGGAUUAAAGUGUCUUCAUAGUUCAUUAACAGUGUUACAAACACAGCGAGGCAGCAGACUGUCGCAUCUACUGUCUGUCCCUUUAACAACGGACAAAUAGUGCGAGUCGAUGAAUAGAGGCUCUAUUGUCCACAACUGAAACUGUUAGCAGGUCAGGGACUGUAGACAGCGAGGACUGGAGAGAACAUGGUCACUGGUCAGAGGAUGUCUUCCAAGAAAAAUUAAUCCAGUCUUGCACAGCCUGACUGAAAUGUGAAUGUAACAGGACAGAAGAAAUGGGUAGUUCCAUCCUCCCGUUGGCCAGUGUUAUGUCCAGUCUGGGCGGCCUGGUCUUUGGUUAUGAGUUGGGCAUCAUCUCAGGUGCUUUGCUGCAGCUCAAAGCAGAGUUCAGACUCUCAUGUGUCCAGCAGGAGGCUCUGGUUAGCUCUUUGUUGAUAGGAGCUCUGCUGGCCUCCAUUGUGGGCGGCUGCUUGAUCGACCAUCGGGGCCGCAGGAACUCCAUCCUCCUCAGCAAUGUCUUGAUCCUUAUCGGCAGCCUGGUCCUGCUCAUCGACUCCUUCUCUGCACUGGUGGUGGGCAGGAUGACACUGGGCUUCGCCAUGUGUAUAUCCUCCAUGUCCUGCUGCAUCUUUGUGUCCGAGAUGGUUAGCCCGGACCGAAGGGGCUUUCUGGUAACACUGUAUGAAGCUGGAAUCACUGUGGGCAUCCUAGCAGCUUAUGCUAUGAACUACAUCCUGUCUGACUCCAAAAGAGGGUGGAAGUGGAUGUUUGGAUUAGCCGUAGUACCAACUAUGAUUCAGCUGGUCUCUAUCUGGUUUCUUCCAUCCAGCACAAAGGAAUCUUUAAGCCAAAAGUAUUGCUUUCAAACUGAAAGAGACCAAAUAAGUACUGUCGGAAACCAAGAAGCAGAUGACUCAGAAGUCAGCUCCAGUAUGGAAAACAGGAAGGUUCAGUUCAACAGCAUGUACCUUAUCCAGCGUAAAGACAACAUGAGGACUCGGACUGUCAUUGGCCUCGGACUGGUGCUCUUUCAGCAGUUCACAGGCCAGCCCAAUGUUCUCCUCUACGCCUCCACUAUCUUCCACUCAGUGGGGUUUCAGAGCAAUGCCUCAGCAGUGCUGGCAUCUGUUGGCUUGGGGUUAGUCAAAGUGAUCGCUACUCUAACCUCCAUGGUGUUUUCAGACAGGGUGGGCAGGAGGCCUCUGCUCAUCAGUGGUUGCUCUGUUAUGGCGCUGUGUCUGAUAACCAUUGGAUUCCUCAGUGGGCAUUCACUGAUGAAUGCUAAGAGGCCUUGUAAUUCUGAGGACUUUAACGUUAACAGAACAGAUGUACCUCAUUUAAAUGUUUUUGACAUGCCUGAGAGCCAAAGACUCCUUAAUACCAACACACAAGAUGUAGUACUUGAUCAAGUUAGACAGAAACUACCGGACACUCCUCUGGCAUCUCCUCCUGGCGCCCAUGGCACAGUUGUGAACUGGAUCAUUCUUGUGUGUAUGAUGGCUGUCGUCAGUGCAUACUCCGUUGGAUUUGGACCAAUGACCUGGCUUCUCCUGAGUGAAAUAUUUCCACCCGCUGUCAGAGGAAGGGCAUUUGCAUUCACCAGCUGCUUCAACUGGGCUGCCAACCUGUUGGUCACAUUCACAUUCUUGAAUUGUAUCGAUGCGAUCGGUCUGUCUGGGAUGUUUCUUUUGUAUGGGAUGGCUGCUGUGGCAGCUGCGGUCUUCUUCUUCUUCAUGCUACCAGAGACCAAAGGGAAGACUCUGGAACAGAUAGACAAGGAGCUGUGUUCAAACAAGUUUUAUCAUAGUGAGGAGUGCUGUUGCAUCAUCAGCUGGAGAAACACUUCCCCACAGUAUCAAAGAGUGCACUGUCAAGUUAGCCCCUCAGGGUGAUUAAUACUGACAGGCACUGACGUAAAAAAAACAAAAAAAACAUGAUGGUUUUAAACUCAUGAGUUUUUUUCUCCAUUGCACGUAGAUAUUGGAAUACAUGUGUGGUAUCUUCGUGAUAUCUUUGUGUUUUGUUUUUUGUGAUCACGUUUUUUGUUUUGUAGUCGUACCAGCUAUCAAACUGGCUCUUUUUGGCAUUGAAACAUUUUUACAACAUAGAUAGACCUUCUUAUUUAACUUCAACUUAUCACAAAGCUGAAAGCUAUUGUAAAUGACAUGUUGGAUGUGUUCAUUUACAUUUUUUUGCUUACUAGCAAUUCAGUUUACACUCUUACCUGUGGAUUUGUCUGAUCAUUUGACCACUCUAGUUUGGGUCUCCUUCAGCAAUAAAAUGAAUUAAUAAAAAAAGUAAAAC